GUUAUUGACGUGGCGCCCAUCCUCAGCAGCAGCUGUACUUGGCACGGGGAUCCAGGGCUGCAGGUGACUCUCAAGGAGCCGCUGACAUUCCAAGGCAACUUGGUCUUAAUGGGUGAGAUACAGAUCAUCGGGGAGCAGGAGAGGGAUGGACCCUGUAUGAAUGUCAGGGGGCAGAUGAGGGUGACCGCCGCCCGCGCCAGCUUCGUUGGCUGCAGAAACAGACUGAAGAUGCUUCAUGCCGUCGGCCAGGAAGGAAAGGGCGGAGCACUUUUCAUCGAGCAAGACUUCAUCACCGACAACAGCGACGUCAAGUUCGAGAGCUGCGCCGCAGAGGAAGGAGGCGGUCUCUAUGCCAAAGGCGGCUACCAGCAGGAAGCCGGGAGUUCGGUGCACUUCGAGCACUGCUCAGCAGACGGUAGCGGCGGUGGUGCAUACGUGGAGAACUCCUUCACACAGGGCCCCAACAGCUCUGCCAUCUUCCGCAGCUGCCGGGCGGGACGGGGCGGAGCCUGGGCUGCAGCGUUCUUCUGA